ACCGACCCAUCUCCGACGUCUCUACAGCCAGAUAACACCCGAACUUAUUGCCUUUUCGUAAGAAAAGAUGGUGGCUCCAAAAGGAAGCAUGGCCUCAGCCACCGCCAACCACCCUCCUCUCAACUCCCACAAGCUCCUGCGACGCGCCCUCCCCAACCGCGCGUUCGCCCUUAUAUUCGCUUGUGCCAUCUCGGCCCUGUUCUAUCACCAUGUGAAAACUCUCCUCCGCCCCACCACCGCAGCCAACGCGGUCUCCGCCCUCUUUUUACUCCUCGCCGAUGCAGUCCUUGCCUUCAUGUGGUGCACCACCCAGUCCUUCCGGCUGUACCCGACCCGCAACGAGGAGUUCCCAGAGAAUCUCGAGAAGGUGGUGGGAGGGACCCGGGGCUUCCCAGCGUUGGACGUGUUCAUAUGCACAGCGGACCCCUACAAGGAGCCGCCGAUGGGGGUGGUGAACACGGCGCUGUCAGUGAUGGCCUAUGAGUACCCGGUGGAGAAGCUAUCGGUGUAUGUCUCAGACGAUGGUGGGUCGGAGCUCACGAUGUUCGCGUUCAUGGAGGCAGCAAGGUUUGCCGGCCACUGGCUGCCGUUUUGCCGGGAGAGGAGUCUGGUGGAGCGCAGCCCGGAGGCUUACUUUGCUUCCAAUAUUUGUGGUGGCACUGACAUCGAUAAGAUGAAGAUGAUGUACGAGAGCAUGAAAGUGCGGGUGGAGCACGUGGUAGAGAGAGGGAAAGUAGGGGAAGAGUACAUCAACGGAGAUCGCGAGCGUCGAGUUCUCGGUAAGUGGACAGAUGAAUUCACUCGCCGAGAUCAUCCCGCAGUCAUCGAGAUUUUGCUAGACAACAGCAGAGACAGAGACAUCGCAGGAAAUGUGAUGCCCAAUCUCAUCUACCUCUCCAGAGAGAAGAGCAAGAACGUGCCCCACCAAUUUAAGGCUGGUGCCCUCAAUGUCUUGCUCCGCGUGUCCGCGGUCAUGACCAAUGCACCCAUACUCCUGACCUUGGACUGUGACAUGCGUUCGAACGAUCCCAGUACGCCUCGCCGAGCGCUGUGUUACUUAGCCAACCCCUCGACGGACCAAUCCCAACUUGGGUACGUUCAGUUCCCUCAACGCUUCCAAGGGAUCAAUGAAGGCGACAUAUACUGUGGUGACUUCAAGCGCUUGUUCCAGAUCAACCCGCCCGGAAUGACGAAUGGCCCGAGUUAUGUCGGGACCGGGUGCUUUUUCCGGCGGCGGUGCUUGUUCGGCGCUCCUUCGGCUAUCGUGUUGCCGGAGAUCCCGGAAUUGAGCCCCGAGCGCUGUCUGAAGGGUCCUAUUCAAUCGGAAGAGACGUUGGCAUUGGCAAAAAAGGUGGCCGGAUGCAAGUAUGAGCACAACACAAACUGGGGCCACAAGGUGGGCUUCAGAUAUGGAUCACUCGUAGAGGACUACUACACAGGCUACAUGCUUCAAUGCGAGGGGUGGAGAUCAGCCUUUUGCCACCCUGACAGGGCGGCGUUUCUGGGGGACGCGCCGAUUUGCCUCAUUGACGUCCUCAACCAGAACAAGAGAUGGGCCAUUGGGCUUCUCGAGGUGGGCUUUUCCAAGUUCAGCCCGGUCACGUACGGCGUCCGGUCCAUGGGCCUCCUCAUGGGCCUUUCUUUUGCGCACUACGCGUUCUGGGCCGUGUGGUGCAUCCCCAUCACUAUCUAUGCCUUCCUCCCUCAGAUUGCUCUUAUCAAUGGACUCUCCAUCUUCCCUAAGGUCUCGGAACCAUGGUUCUUCCUAUACAUUUUCCUCUUCCUCGGAGCCUACGCACAAGACCUAACCGACUUUGCCUUGGCCGGACACAAUGGGACCCUGCGGCGGUGGUGGAACGACCAGCGGAUGUGCCUGGUACGUGGCCUAACGAGCUAUGUCUUCGGCACCAUCGAGUUCACGCUCAAGUCCCUGGGCUUUGCCGCACACGGGUUCAAUGUCACGAGCAAGGUCCUUGAUGACGAGCAGAGCAAGAAGUACGAGCAAGGGGUUUUCGAGUUCGGGGCUGUGUCGCCCAUGUUCGUGGUUCUAGCGGUGGCGGCAAUCGUCAACUUGGCGUCCCUCCUACAGGGUCUGACGACGGUGGUGGCGGUUGCGAGGAGGAGUGGCGGUGACGCUGAAGGGUUGGUGUUGCAGGUCCUGUUGGCCAGCUUCGGGGUCGUGAAUUGUUGGCCGAUCUACGAAGCCAUGUUUAUAAGGACCGACAAGGGAAGGAUGCCCACCAAGGUUACGUUGGUCUCGACAUUCAUAGCGUCCCUUCUUUAUACUGCAGUUUCCCUUGCAUGAAAGAUUAACGGCGGGACAUGUAUGGUUCUGCUUAGAUUAUUUCUUGUAUUGGGCAAAGUAUAUCCAUCAUAGAUAUCUAAGUUGGUACUUUUCAUAUAUCGAGAUAUA